CCCAAAUCAAUUAAUGUCGGAAACUUGAUCUCUGUAAAGUUGUUCAUUGUCCGCUUCCUCUCUCUUUUAUCUCACAGACAAAACAAGUAAACAACAACAACAACAACAUUACAACAACAACAAUGGCUCUUUGAUCAAACUGUUUUAUCCAAGUUACAACAAAAAUGGGAAAGGAGGACGGUUUCAGGACUCAGAAGCGCGUAUCAACAGCUUCCUCCGCCGCCGCCGGCGUUCUUCCGACGACGAUGGCGAGUGGUGGAGUAAGGAGACCACCACCACGUGGUAGACAGAUCCAAAAGACGUUCAACAACGUGAAAAUGACAAUCCUUUGUGGCUUCGUCACCAUCCUCGUCCUACGUGGCACUAUCGGCAUUAACUUCGGAACUUCCGACGCCGACGUCGUAAACCAGAACAUUAUCGAAGAGACUAACCGACUUCUAGCUGAGAUCCGAUCCGAUUCGGAUCCUACCGACUCAAACGAGCCACCUGAUUCGGAUCUUGACCUCAACAUGACGUACACUCUCGGACCCAAGAUCACUAACUGGGAUCAAAAACGGAAACUUUGGUUAACGCAAAACCCAGAUUUCCCCAGUUUCAUCAAUGGUAAAGCUAAGGUUUUGCUUUUAACAGGUUCGCCUCCAAAACCUUGUGACAACCCUAUUGGUGAUCAUUACCUGCUGAAAUCGGUGAAGAACAAGAUUGAUUAUUGUAGGAUUCAUGGGAUUGAGAUUGUGUAUAACAUGGCUCAUUUAGACAAGGAGCUUGCUGGGUAUUGGGCAAAGCUUCCAAUGAUCAGGAGAUUGAUGUUGUCUCAUCCUGAAAUUGAAUGGAUUUGGUGGAUGGACAGUGAUGCUUUGUUCACUGACAUGGUGUUUGAGAUUCCUUUGUCUAGAUAUGAGAACCAUAACUUGGUUAUUCAUGGAUAUCCUGAUUUGUUGUUUGAUCAGAAGUCUUGGAUUGCUUUGAAUACUGGUAGCUUCUUGUUUAGGAACUGUCAAUGGUCUUUGGAUUUGUUGGAUGCUUGGGCUCCAAUGGGACCUAAAGGACCUAUUCGGGAAGAAGCUGGGAAGAUUCUCACCGCGAAUCUUAAAGGAAGACCGGCUUUCGAAGCGGAUGAUCAGUCUGCAUUGAUCUAUCUGCUGCUUUCGCAGAAGGAGACGUGGAUGGAGAAAGUGUUUGUGGAGAAUCAGUACUAUCUUCAUGGGUUUUGGGAAGGUUUAGUGGAUAAGUAUGAGGAGAUGAUGGAGAAGUACCAUCCCGGUUUGGGAGAUGAAAGAUGGCCUUUUAUUACUCACUUUGUUGGAUGCAAACCGUGUGGGAGUUAUGCUGAUUACGCGGUUGAACGUUGCUUGAAGAGUAUGGAGCGAGCAUUCAACUUUGCGGAUAAUCAAGUGCUCAAACUGUAUGGGUUUGGUCACAGGGGAUUGUUAAGUCCUAAGAUCAAGAGGAUCAGAAACGAGACAACAUUUCCAUUGAAAUUCGUAGACAGGUUUGAUAUUCGGAGAACAACACCGCUCAAGAUUGAAGCACGAAGCUAGCAGCUGAUGAACCAGUUUCAGUUUGGUAAAGCACAAUCAGUUCCUACUUAACUGAACAAAAUGCUACAUUGUUUCAAAGCUCACUUCUCUUUCUUAUAUUUUUACCCAAUAUAUAAAGUCAAUAUAUUCUUUUGUUAAACUUGAACAGAAGAUGAAUUAUCAAUUUGUUCAAGUACCUUUCAAUGC